AUGGUGUGCGUUAAGUUUACAAGCCCAUGGGUCGAAGAGCACAAGAUGAGCCCGGUCACUACAGCAAACCAUAGCAAUGCAGAUCCCUGGUAUUGUUCAUGUUAUCCUUCCCAAGUCGACGGCAGCAACAAUAAUGCCAGCGUACAAGAAACUCAAGGUGCUAUUCUACCUGAUGAAAAAGGACAAGCAAGCCCGCUUGUUGUACCUGAAUCCUUCAACAAACCCGACCAAGAACUUGUGGAUAAGAUCAAUGGAAACAUGGACGACAAACGAGUAUUGAUUGUAGCAGCAGCGAAUUAUGGAAUGCGAGAAUAUGUAUACAACUGGAUCGAAUCGCUAAAGCGUACCGGGGAGGGUGACAGAUUCUUGGUCUUUUGUUUGGAUGACCAAUUGUACAGCCAUAUGGUGGCAGCUGGUUAUGAACAACAUGCAGCAACAAUCCCUCGGAGUUGGUUCCAUGAUGAAGUUCAUUCUGAUUUUGAAGAAUAUUACAGCAUCAAAUAUCGUAUCAUCACGCACGCUAAAACGUUGAUUGUCCAACAAUUGCUAUAUAUGGACGUAACGGUGUUGUUCUCCGACGUUGAUGUUGUCUGGUUACGCCCUCGACUACGCGACUUUAUGCUGACAUUCCUUCAAAUACGUUCCAAGACACAGGUGAUAUUCCAGCAAGAAGGAACCGAUCAAAAGGUCAUCAACAGCGGCUUUUAUCUUAUGCGACCCAGUGACGACAUGAAACGCUUGCUGGCCGAGACAAUCUAUCUCGCAGACACCGAUAAGACUUUGACCCAGCAGGGCGCUAUGAACGCAGCCUUGGAUCACGUUAAUAUGGAAUUACGUUCUACUGGUGUUGUCCUUUUGGAUAUACUGCAUUUUCCUAAUGGAUAUGUGUACUUUGAGAAUGAUUGGUGCCGCCAACAUGGUGUUGAUCCUUAUAUGGUGCACGCUAACUAUCUUGUUGGUGAUGACAAAAGAAAACAACUAGAAGACAAAGGCUUUUGGUAUGUCGAUAAGCAGUGGCUUGAUUCUAUCGACGCGAAGAUUCAACAGUAA